AUGACUAGGAGCAUUAUUCGACAACUAGUACCUGAGGAGCUUCCAGGAUCACUUGUCAGUUUAUGGGAAGAACAUGGUCGACAUAACCGUGAGCCAGACCAAGACAAACUCUCAACAGUUCUCCAUGAUGUGAUUAACAAUUAUACGGGUGAUCGUUUGUUUCUUAUUUUUGACGCACUCGAUGAAUGUCCCGAUAAUGAAGUCCAUGAGAGGGAUUUGCUGUUUCAGGUUCUGAAGGGUCUCAUUGACGAGCACGGGGAAAAGAUCCAUCUUCUAGCAACAAGUCGAUACGAAGAAAACAUUCGCUGUCACCUGGAGGAGAGCUUGGAGAUAGAUCUCGAGGAUCGAAUGAAUAAUGAUGUCGAGGCUUUUGUCCGCGAUGCACUCGAUCAUGGAAAGCUGAGCAGAUGGAAAAAAGAAAAGGGGGUCAAUGAUCAGAUUUUGGCAAAGCUGUUGGACACAAAGGAACCAAGGUAUUGUCAUGCACUCUGUUGUUCUCAGCAGAAUAUUUUACGUUUUCGCUGGGCUGACCUACAAAUCAAACGGCUCGAAAAAUGCAAAAAAAGGGAUCAAAUCACGGAAUCACUUGAAACGAUUCCAAAAACUCUGGAAGAAACAUACCAAAGAAUCCUUCAUGACAUUCCUGAAGACGAAAAAGAGGACGCGCGCUCAAUACUCACAUGGCUCAGUUUCUCUCUUGAACCACUCAGGCUAGAGACUGUUGCAGCAGUGGUGGGCUUUCCACAUCCUGAAGAUGUUGUUGGAACUUGCACUACCUAUUUGGUGACUGUUAGUCCAUCGAAUGGUACCAUUAAACUCGCCCAUUUUUCAGUGAAGGAAUUUUUGGUCGUCUCAGAGUCUGUCCAUUGGUAUCAGUUAACUAAAAAUGGUGGCCAUAUGGACAUAGCUAAUCGUGCCCUUGACGAUCUGCUUGACAAAACUGAGGUUCUGACUGAAGAAGCUGUACAUGGUCUGCCGCUCUUGAAGUAUGCCGCAGCACAUUGGAGCCGACAUUUUUCAGAGCUUACUGACUCUGAUGCCAAAUUCUGGGACCUAGAGAAAAAGAUACAUCGCCUGUUUGAAGAGCGCAUAGUCUACUUAAACUGGCGGCGUGUGGCUCGAGAUAACUUUUCAAUGAGCUCAUGGGAUAGAGGUCUUUUCUCCUUUGAGCCGCCCAUCUACUUGGCCUGUGGAAUGGGAAUGCAGAAUGUUGUUGAGAGACUUCUCUCACAAGGGGCUAACGCUUGCACAGAAUUGGGGCUGAGCACAGUUGGAGUGGCUGCUCUGAAUGGUCAUCUUACUCUCGUAAAGCUGUUGCUGGGGAACAUCGGCGUUUCAGCGAAAAUAGCUUCGGAAAUUGCGAGUUACAUUGAUCUCAAUAAUGUUCCACAUGAAGAAGUUGAAGACCUUCUGGACUUACUUUUGAGCACUAAAGUCUUGUACGACAAGACUGCAAAUGGAUGUGUUCUUUUGAAUGAAGAUUUUGUUAGUGCCAUAGCAGAGAACGAAAGGUCAGGUCGUCGGCUCAUGUGCCUUCUUUUGGAUAGGCAAGACAAGCUAGAGGUUCCUGUUACUGAGAGCGUUCUCGACGCAGCGCUAUGUAAUCGUGAUGGCGGUGAAACGAUGCGAGUACUUUUGGACAGGAGACGAAAGGGCAUCCAAAUCACUGAAGGCCUAAUGGAGUCAGUGGCUGCUGAUUCCAGAUAUACUCCUGAUAUAUCAGAGCUGAUUCUUCAACGUUGGGGCGCUACGGUUCCUUUAAAUCAAAAGAUCGUCAAGGAAUUUGUGCGCCGUGCACCAGCGAAGGUGAUGGAAUUGCUUUUACAGAUCCGUGGUCAUGAAAUUCAAAUCACAGAGGAAUUAGUAGACGCAGCUGCUGCUAAUGGGGAUCAUGAAGUGUUUCGCUUGCUAUGGGAAAGAGUGUCUGGUAUUGAAAUCACUUCGAAAACUUGGCAGCGUAUCAUCAUAUGGGGGUCCAAAGGCCUGGAAAGGAUGGAAAUCGCAUUGGCAAAAUGCCCUCAGCGCUAUUUUCUGGAAAAUGAAAUAAUCCUAAAAGUGGCAAGGUGUUUGUAUGGUCUUCCCUUGAUGCGAAUGCUUUUGGACAAACGAGAGGCAGGACUGGUUGUUUUUGAUGUUUCAGAGGCAACGAUGAUCGCAGCUGCUUCGAACUCCAACUGCCCACAACAGAUGAUGGAACUGGUCAUCAACAACGCGGACUCGGAAAUUCCAGUCAACGAGAAGAUUUUAUCCUCAGCAAUUGGCAAUGUCCGGGCAUCAGAAUCUGCCUUGGAGUAUUUGCUUGAGCUUGAACAAAACCUGCCGAUCACAGAGGAAGUAUUGGUAUCAGCAGCAGCAGCAACAGCAGUACCUUUUUAUCAACGCAAAAGAGUACUCAAAUUUAUUUUCAACAAAUUUCCAGAUGCUCCAAUGACAGAUCGUGUCUUUAAGGCAGCUGGGCAUAUGUCUGGGGUGUUGUUGUCACUCUGGUUAAAACGAGGUCGUCAUAUACAGGAUUGCCAGCUGAUAGGGAGGCUUCUGGGGCAAGGUAUUGUGAGCUUACAGGAACUGACGAAACUAUUUGAUGAAGGGCUAGUAGAGAUGGACGACAAUCUGGUGGAUGCAGUGGGGACCCAGAACGCUCUGAUUAUGGCAUUGGAGGGGUACGGUGCUAUGGAAAAGCUGUUAGAUUUACGAAGAAACGAUAUCACAGUUACUGAAGAGGUUGUAUUGAGGGCUCUGGAUGAAGUUUGCGUGGAUGGUCAGGCCUUUAAAAUGUUGACGGAUCGACUGGGAUCAGUAGUACCCGUUACAGAGAAGAUUUUGGAAAAAGCUUUUCUGAAGGAUCAAUCAAUACUCUUGGAUCUCCUGCUGAAAGAGGAGCGAAAUUGGAAUCUUCAAAAGGUCUGGGAUGCGAUUUGGCGAAAUCAUGGUUACUUCCUUAGGGAUAUUGUGGGAGGUGCGAAUGCUCUUCUGAAAUAUGGAGAAUUUGAUGUUUCUCAGACCCUGGUGGAGUUCCUUCCACGCCAUGAAGAAGAUGGCUUCUCAAAUAAGGACCUUGAUGAGCUGGUCAAUUUAUGUGCUGGACGAGACAUAUCAGCUCCUGCUAUGGAAAUGAUCUCAGUGAUAUCAUUCAAAUGGGGCGAUGCGAGGACUAUCCGGGUAUUCAUCGAUCGACUGAGUUCAGCGGUACCCAUGACAGAGAAGGUUUGGGAUGCGCUUUGGCUAAACGAUGGAUUCUCUUUUCAACAGAAAGCGAUAAUUUCAAAUAUUCUUCUAGAAUAUGGGGAAUUUGACAUUUCGCAGAUCCUACUAGAGUUCCUUCCACUUAGAGAAGAAAAGGGGGUCUUUAGUGAUGAGGAAAUUGAUGAGUUGGUCAAUCUGUGUGUUGGGCAAGACAUAUCAGCUCCUGCUACUGAGAUGCUCAUCGAGAUACUAUUUGAAUAUGGUAAUGCAAACUCCAUCAUGAAGUUCGUCAAACGCAAACCCACUGUCCAACUUACGGAUGGCCUUAUUCAGCGUGCAGAUAGGAAUGAACGGGCAUACAAGAAGGUUUUGAUGCCUUUCCUCUACUCAAAAAGAGCCGCGGAUCAGAAUAUCAACAAUGCUGAAGCCAAGACAGAAGCAGAAGAAGACUAG